GAUACAUUGGUGACUUUUAUUUUCUUUUUCCUCUCAAUGAGUUUUAGAAUUUGAGAAAUUCUGUAUAGGCUUUGAGGGGUUUUGACAAAAAGUCCUGUUUUGGGGAUUUUCUUGGAUUUGGGGAAGGAAAAGGGGCAAAAAAAUUGGUGAUGGAGGUCUUUCCAUGGCGGCUCUGCGAUUCAAAUUCCUCAAACCAUGGAGAGUAUUUCUAAUGGGUUUUGGACAUUUAGACGUGGCUCCCCUUUUGAAGUAUGGAAAGACCUCGGGUUGUAGGCUCAGAUUGUGGUGGUUGAGUUCUAGUUGAUUUCGACCUUUCAUACAAAUAAUAAAGAAAAUAAAGAGUGAUCUGGUGAUAUAGGAAAAUGGAGUGCAAUAAAGAUGAGGCCACCAGGGCAAAAGAAAUUGCUGAGAGGAAGUUUACAGCAAAGGACAUUGCUGGUGCGAAAAAAUUUGCUUUGAAGGCCCAAAACUUGUAUCCAGGACUUGAUGGUCUACCUCAAAUGCUGGCAACUCUUGAUGUUUAUAUCUCUGCAGAGAACAAGAUAAGCGGGGAGGCAGAUUGGUAUGGGAUACUUGGUGUUAAUCCCUUAGCUGAUGAUGAGACAGUAAAGAAACAGUACAGGAAGCUGGCUCUCAUGCUUCACCCUGACAAGAACAAAUCUGUCGGGGCAGAUGGGGCUUUUAAGCUUAUUUCAGAGGCCUGGAGUUUGUUAUCUGACAAAGCUAAGAGAACAGCAUAUGACCAAAAGAGGAAUUCCAAAGGAUUCCAACAGAAAGUCCCACCUUCUGGUGGGGUUCCACCUGCACCACCUGGUGCAAAUGGUUUUUAUAAUUUCACCAACAAUACAACCUCAAAUGCAAAGCCUCCAAAGAGUGGCACUCGGGUAGGUACUGCAUCUGCUCCUGCUUCAUCCCAUCCAUCAAAACCCAAUACUUUUUGGACUGCAUGUCAUCGUUGUAAGAUGCAAUAUGAGUAUCUCAGGGUUUAUCUGAAUCACAAUCUCCUUUGCCCCAAUUGUCAUGAGCCAUUUUUAGCAGUAGAAACAGCACCACCACCAUCAAAUGGUUCUAAUUCAUCCACACCAUGGUCUUUCUCUCAGCAGCGUCAGAAUUCAAACCAUCAUACAACAAACAAGAAUUCUUAUAACCAAGGAAGAAAUUCUGCUAGCACUCAGAAUAUGGGGCCAGGGGGUUUUGCAGGUCUUGAUUCUUUUAGCCACACAAACUUCCAGUGGGGUCCAUUCUCUAAAACAACUGGUGUUGGGAAUUCAACUACCUCUGCUUCUGCUACUGCUCAAGCUGCUACUGUGGUUCAGCAGGCUUAUGAGAAAGUUAAGAGACAAAGGGAGGAAGCACAAGCAGCUGCCAGGAGGGAAGAGGCCCUUCGGAGGAAGAAUCAUGUUUCAAAAAAGAUGGGUAGUGGUUCAUCUACGUCAUUCUCUAAUUCUGCCUCUAGCCCUGUUGCCAAAGGAGAGAGGCCUAUGAAAAAAAGAAGAGGAGGUAUAGAUGACAAUGGGGGAAACUGUUAUAGCACCAAUGGAACAAAUCAAACUGCUAUGGGAAAUGGAGUUGGGGUUGGAAGUAUAUCUGGGCUUAGGCAUAGUAAUUUUGAAACAGAAAGAGUUAAUGGGGUUUCUACUAAUAAACCUAAUAGUAUAAGGGAGUUGUCACAGUCUGAACUUCGGAAUAUGCUCAUGGAGAAGGCUAAGCUGGAAAUUCGCAAGAAGUUAACUGAAUGGAGCUCAGCUGCCAUCGCAAAACCUUCAGAUAAAGACAAAGAUAAGGAGAAAGAUAAAGAGAAGGAAAAAGAGAAGGCUACAUUAAAAGGUGAGGUGGGUGAUCAGAAUGAGUCUGGUGAAUCUUUGGACACCAAGAAAAAGAUCCAUUCUAAGAAAGAUUUUCCUGGCACUUGUGGUACUGAUUCAGAUACAGAAGCCCUGGAACCCAUGUCAAUCAGUGUACCUGAUCCAGAUUUUCAUGAUUUUGACAAGGAUAGAACUGAAAGAUCCUUCGGUGAUAACCAAGUGUGGGCUGCGUAUGAUGAUGAUGAUGGGAUGCCUCGUUAUUAUGCCAUGAUUCAUACUGUAAUAUCCUCAAAUCCAUUCAAGAUGCGGAUCAGUUGGCUGAACUCCAAAACCAACAGUGAGCUGGGGCCACUAAAUUGGGUUGGAUGUGGAUUUUCUAAGAUUUGUGGGGAUUUUAGGGUAGGGAGGCAUGAAGUCAAUGAUUCCCUCAAUUCUUUCUCCCACAGGGUUAGGUGGACAAAAGGGAUGCGGGGUGCUAUCCGUAUAUUUCCCAAAAAAGGUGAUAUUUGGGCUCUCUAUAGGAACUGGUCCCCUGAUUGGAAUGAGCUUACCCCAGAUGAAGUGAUACACAAGUAUGACAUGGUGGAGGUGCUUGAUGAUUAUAUGGAGGAGCAUGGUGUGGUUGUCACGCCUCUAGUUAAGGUUGCUGGUUUCAAGACAGUCUUCCAUCGGCAUUUGGACCCUGGGCAAGUCAGGACAAUUCCAAGAGAAGAGAUGUUUCGGUUCUCUCAUCAGGUUCCUUCUUACUUGCUUACAGGUCAAGAAGCUCCAAAUGCUCCAAAGGGUUGCAGGGAGCUGGACCCAGCAGCUACCCCGUUGGAACUGCUUCAGGUAAUCACAGAUGUUAGAGAAGAAGAAAUUGUGGAGGAUGCCGAAAAAAACAUGGAAAAAGAGACGUCAGUAAAUGGAGAGAAAGUUAAGGAAGAACAUAUGCAGAGCAUCAAAGAAGACAAAGAAAAAGAAAUGAUGGAGAACACUAAAAAAACCAAGGAAGAAGUGAUGGUAGGCAAGGGGAAUGAAGCUAAGGAAGAAAAGAUGGUGGAGUUUGCUGAAGAACAAAAAGCUAGUUGACGAUGUUUGGAUUAUGCAGUCCUGCUUCAGAUAGGAGAAAAUUUGACUUGUGAAAUCAGAUUAGAGUUAUCCAACAUAUAUUGAGUUUCCGUUGCUGAUUAAUGUUGGUAUUGACUUUCAUAGUUGAUUAAUGUUGUUACCCAUUCAUUUUCUUUCAAAAUCAAAUGUCAAUGCUAUAAAUGGUAGAUCUAACCUCAGUUUUGAUUGCAACUUGAAGAUGGUAAAGAAAACAGAAUUAUUUGGUUCUUAGGAGUUCAUCAUCAGAUAUCUUAAGGCCUCAAUGCUUGCUAGUGUGUUCUCUAUCCACUGGAGCCUUCAGAGAUCUGUGAGGCCUCUAUUUGCUUUUCUUCAAGAGCUAGUUCCCAAGCCUAAAACAAUCUUUCUAUCAGUUGCAGCUCGUCAAAUUAAACUUACCAGUGAGCUGCCCAUCUUUCUCAUCUGCUUUCAGUGUUUUACAUGCUGAGCUUUCUUGUUCUUAUUAUUAGACUUCAAUUAAAUUCUAGCAUAAUUUAUGUCUCAAGAUUUAAUA